AUGUCCUCAAGCACCGCCGUCGCCCCCAAGCGCAAGCUCAAGCCCGCCAGAAAACAGGUCGCCGCGGAUGAAGUCGACAAGAGCGAGGGCUACCAAGCUGGUCGAGAGUACAAUGUGUGGUAUAAUAAAUGGGCGGGAGGAGAUAGAGAGGAUGCUCUUGCCAACAAAGUGCAUUCUCAAACCAGAUGUGUGAUCUCGAGGGAUUCGGGGUAUACAAGAGCGGAUGCUACGGGCAACAAGUUUUGCUGCUUGUUCUUUGCUAGAGGAUGCUGUCCUUAUGGGUACGAAUGUCAAUACCUCCACCGUCUUCCCCUUCCAUCACAUCAACUCGCAGACCACUCCCGCGACUGCUUUGGCCGCGAAAAGCAUGCCGACUAUCGAGACGACAUGGGCGGCGUCGGUACCUUCAACCGUCAAAACCGGACAUUAUACAUUGGCAAGAUUGCAGAGCAUCCGGAUAAAAAACAGAUGGAGGAGACGCUGUUGAGGCAUUUUGGAGAGUUUGGCAAGAUUGUCAAAUGGAAUAUCUUGUACGGCCGUGGAGUCGGCUUUGUGACAUUCGAAACAGACCACCAGGCGUCGUUCGCCAAGGAAGCUAUGGCAAACCAGUCUAUGGAUGGGGAUGAGAUCCUCAACGUCAGAUGGGCAACAGAAGACCCCAACCCCGGCGAAAAAGUCGCCGAAGCCCAACGUAUCGAAGAAAUCGGCCAAAAAGCUAUCGCCGGCAUGCUCGAUGAUGAGCUUGUCGAAGCUACCCAGACCAUCCGCGCCCUUGAGGAUGGGGAUGUGGAGGAUCUGUAUGAGAUUGAAGCUUCUGCCGAUCACGCUCAAAAUGGAGAAGGAGGAGAAGGGGAAGGGGAGGGAGAGGAGGGGAGACCGGCAAAGAGGGGCAAGACGGACGGGUUCUUCGGGGCGGAUGCGCUGGAUAAUAUCAAAUUCUACGCCGACCUCGCUCGGAAGCAGGCGGAAGAGAGGGUCAAGGAGAGGAAGGUGCCAGAGAAGAAGGUGGGGAUGGCGUUAUUGGGCGGGUAUGGGAGUGGGGAUGAGAGCGAUUAG